AUGGCCGAGAAGAAGCGCCAUGGACAAUCAACCAUCUCUGGUGCAAACAUUGUGGAGAGUGACUCCAAGGGAAAAAAGAGGAAGAUAAACUCUAUCCCAAGUUCUUCCGGCACAAAGAACUACAGUGGUAACAAGAAGUUUACUGGUACUUGUUUCAAUUGUGGGAAACAAGGGCACAAAGCCUCGAUGUGCAAGACCCACAAGAAGAAGAACAACAACAAAGGUCAAGCUAAUAUUGUUGAAGAAAAUGAUGAUAUGGAUAUGGAUGACCUUUGUGCCGUUCUUUCUGAAUGUAACUUGGUAGGAAAUCUAAGAGAAUGGUGGAUAGACUCUGGCGCUACCCGCCAUGUUUGUGCAGUCAAAGAGAUGUUCACUUCCUACUCUUUGGCUAAGGCAGAGGAGAAAUUAUUCAUGGGGAACUCCUCCACGGCCAAGGUCGAGGGAUAUGGAAAGAUUGUCUUGAAGAUGACAUCGGGCAAGGUUGUGGCGCUCAACAACGUCCUCCAUGUACCGGAAAUUCUCAAUGUAAUUACCGUGAACGAUGUUAUUAAUUAUAAUAACGCUUCUUCCGCGUAUUUACUUGAGUCAAAUUUUUUAUUCGCAUGCCUGUUUGGGACAUGUGAAUUACAAAUCCUUAUGGAAAAUGAUAAACAUGGAAAUGUUUCCCAAGUUUGA